CGACCACCACAGCCAACAGUCACAACUCGAAGUGAUAACAGCACAGACCACAAUGUUGAAGCUGGUGGUGUUGUGUAUCGCGUUCGCCGUCGCGGCGGCCAAGCCCAGCGUGCUGGGAGGCUGGGGCCUCGGCCUGGCCGGCCUGGGCUGGGGCGGAGUCGCCGCUCCGCUGGUGGCACCCGCCGUCGCUGCCGCGCCCCUAGUGGCUGCUCCCAACUACCGCGGACCGCUCUCCCUCGCGCCCGGCCAGCCCGCCAACAUCCUGGCCGCCGACGGCAGGCCCCUGGACACCCUGAGCGUGAAUCUGGACCGCGCCGCCCACCUGACCGCCCGCGCUCUAGAAGGUGUUCACGUACUGAAGAAGAGGUCCAUCCUAGGAGCCCCUCUGAUCGGUGCCCACCUGGCCCCUGUGGUAGCCGCCCCCGUGGUGGGUGCCCGCCUGGUGGCGCCGGCCCCCGUCAGCGUGUCCGCCGCCGGUCACAUCCUGCCCCUCGGCCUCGGCUGGGGACACGGAGUAGUUGGACACAUCGAUGUGGAGACCCGUCUUGGCGGCGAAGUGGGCCGCGCGGUCCUCGUUCACCUCCAGGGUGUCCAGGGGCCUGCCGUCGGCGCCGAGGAUGUUGGCGGGCUGGCCGGGGGCCAGGGACAGGGGGCCGCGGUAGUUGUAGGGCUGCCACAGCGGAGCGGAGUACGCGAGGGGGAAGGAUGCAGCGUAGGCGGCGAUCGCUGGGGCGGCGAUUGGGCCGAGAGCCUUGGCGGUGAGGUGGGCGGCGCGGUCCAGGUUCACGUCCAAAGUGUCCAAAGGCCUGCCGUCGGAGCCGAGGAUGUCGGCGGGCUGGCCGGGAGCCAGGGAAAGCGGGCCGCCGUAGUUGGACUCGAACUGGUCAGCCGAAGCGGCCGCGAGCAGGCAGGACAACACCACCAGUUUCAUCAUUGUGGAAGAGCAUCAGUGUUCAAUCAGACGACACAGACCUCUUCCACAAUAAUGAAACUGGUGGUGUUGUCCUGUUUCCUCGCGGCGGCGGCGGCGUCGGCCGUCCCGGUGCUCAACUACGCCCUGCCCCUCUACCAGCCCUACAACUACAGGGGGCCCCUCUCCUUGGCGCCCGGUCAGCCCGCCGACGUGCUAGGAGCCGACGGCAGGCCCCUCGACACCCUGGAAGUGAACCUGGACCGCGCCGCCCACCUCACCGCCAAGGCCUUCGACGGCGGCUACGCCGGAUACCACCUGCUCAAGAAGCGCUCCGCCGCCUUCAUCGCGCCCAUCGCCCCCGUGGCGGCGUACGCGGCCUCCUACCCCCUGGCCUACUCCGCGCCCCUGCUGCAGCCCUACAACUACCGCGGCCCCCUGUCCCUGGCCCCCGGCCAGCCCGCCAACAUCCUCGGCGCCGACGGCAGGCCCCUGGACACCCUGGAGGUGAACGCUGACCGCGCGGCUCAUUUCGCCGCCAAGACCGGUCUCCACAUCCUGAAGAAGCGCUCCGCCGCCUUCGUCGCCCCCGUCAGCAACAUCGCCAUCGCGAGGACCCCACUGAUCACCCCCGCCUACUCCUACGCCUCCUACGCCCCCUACGCCUCCUAUGCCUCCUACGCCUCCCCCAUCAUCGCCUCCCCCUACUCCCGAUUUGCCUACACCGAUUCCAGCAAUGGGCAGACCGGUGUAGGCAAAUCGGGAGUAGGGGGAGGCGAUGAUGGGGGAGGCGUAGGAGGCAUAGGAGGCGUAGGGGGCGUAGGAGGCGUAGGAGUAGGCGGGGGUGAUCAGUGGGGUCCUCGCGAUGGCGAUGUUGCUGACGGGGGCGACGAAGGCGGCGGAGCGCUUCUUCAGGAUGUGGAGACCGGUCUUGGCGGCGAAGUGAGCCGCGCGGUCAGCGUUCACCUCCAGGGUGUCCAGGGGCCUGCCGUCGGCGCCGAGGAUGUUGGCGGGCUGGCCGGGGGCCAGGGACAGGGGGCCGCGGUAGUUGUAGGGCUGCAGCAGGGGCGCGGAGUAGGCCAGGGGGUAGGAGGCCGCGUACGCCGCCACGGGGGCGAUGGGCGCGAUGAAGGCGGCGGAGCGCUUCUUGAGCAGGUGGUACCCGGCGUAGCCGCCGUCGAAGGCCUUGGCGAUUCCAGCAAUGGGCAGACCGGUGUAGGCAAAUCGGGAGUAGGGGGAGGCGAUGAUGGGGGAGGCGUAGGAGGCGUAGGAGGCGUAGGGGGCGUAGGAGGCGUAGGAGUAGGCGGGGGUGAUCAGUGGGGUCCUCGCGAUGGCGAUGUUGCUGACGGGGGCGACGAAGGCGGCGGAGCGCUUCUUCAGGAUGUGGAGACCGGUCUUGGCGGCGAAGUGAGCCGCGCGGUCAGCGUUCACCUCCAGGGUGUCCAGGGGCCUGCCGUCGGCGCCGAGAAUGUUGGCGGGCUGGCCGGGGGCCAGGGACAGGGGGCCGCGGUAGUUGUAGGGCUGCAGCAGGGGCGCGGAGUAGGCCAGGGGGUAGGAGGCCGCGUACGCCGCCACGGGGGCGAUGGGCGCGAUGAAGGCGGCGGAGCGCUUCUUGAGCAGGUGGUACCCGGUGUAGCCGCCGUCGAAGGCCUUGGCGGUGAGGUGGGCGGCACGGUCCAGUUCCUUAUGACCUUUUUAAACGACUCUUUGGAGCAAGGAGCUCCCUUCUAUAAAUACGAUACGAUUCACUUUUACAACAUCAGUGAAACAACACAGACCAACAUGUUCAAUCUGGUGGUGUUGUGCACCCUCGUCGCCGCGGCGGCAGCCGGCGGGAUCGUCCCCCUGACGUACAGCGCGGCCCUCUUCCCAGCCACCACCACCAUCAGCAGGCAGGCCAGCAGCGUCAUCCACCCCACCCCGCUGAUCUCCACCCCCCUCGUGUACUCGUCCCCCCUGUACGCCCACCUCAUCAAGAAGCGCUCGGCGGUGUUCGCGCCCAGCUUCAUCGCGCCGUCGACGUACAUCGCGCGUGCCCCGCUCGUGACCGGCUACGCCGCGCCGCUGGCCACCACCUACUCCGUGGCCGCGCCGCUGACCACCGCCAUCGCGUCCCCGUUCUACGGCGCGCACUUGAUCAAGAAGAGGUCGGCUCCGCUGCUUCUGCGUUCGAGCUACGUGCGUCCCGCUGUGUACACCACUCCCCUAUUCAGGGCUCCCAUACGCGUCGCAACCCCAUUCUACUCCGCUGCUAUAGGCUACUCCGGCCACUUCAUCAAGAAGCGCUCCCUGGCUGUGGCGUCCUACAUCGCCCCCGCUGCGGUAUCGCACCAGUCUCGUGUGGACUUCCGCUCGACACCAGCCGUCGUGUCCACUUCCUACUCGGCCCCGCUGGUCUACAGCAGCUCCCUGAUCUCCCACUUCUUCUGA